GAAAUAUUCUCAUCCAUAUCAAGAAAAAAAAUAUGAAAAGUUCAAGAAAAUUCUCAUCGUCGACAACAACAGCCACCGUUAUCCACACUUUCUAUAAUGACCAUAUUACCCCUCAAGCAACCAAACAAAUCCCGAUUGAAAAAACUCCAUCUCCGGCGACGAAAGCCACCGUCCAGACUAACGCCGCCGCAGCAGCAGCUAGGAUCCAGUCUGGCUAUCGUUCUUAUAGGAUCCGAGGCCUAUACAAGAAAAUCUCAUCGGUCAAUCGGGAAGCGAAUCGUGUACAGAGCAUAAUCCAACGGCAAGAAACAGUAGACGCCAUUAGAAGCGAUGAAAAAGAACGGCUGAGAAUGAACGAGACUUUAAUGUCUCUGCUUCUGAAACUAGACUCCGUCCCUGGUUUAGAUCCAUCGAUCAGAGAAGCUCGGAGGAAAGUGAGCCGUAAGAUCGUAGGGAUGCAGGAAAUACUCGAUUCAAUCUCGGAGACUAAAGACGAAAUUCAAUGGUGGAAUUACAACGAUCUCGGAGUGGAUGCCGGACAAGGCGGCGGCGCGUGGCCUUUGUAUUGGGAAGAAGCGGUGGAGGAAGAGAUGUGUAGAGAGAAAGGCGGUGAGGAAAUGGAGAGAUUCUGUGCUCAGUAUUUAGGUUUCAGAUGUUUCCAGAGAUUUCUCAGAGAAUGACGGCGAUUUAAUCCGGUGUGUCGCAGUGUACGAUAGAUCAUCUUUUUCUUUUGUUUUUAGUCCGUUUAUAUUCCGUUAAAUAACGAAAGUUUCCGGGAUUAAUAACAACGGAUUAUCUUU